AUGAUUGGACCGCCAUUGCGGGCGAUUGUCCAGCUGAGCAGCGACCGAGACCCACCUGGAUGUCUUGCGCUGGACGUUGAAAAGAAAGACAAAAUGCAUCCGAUGACGACAUUUUGGUCAUCCUGUGCGCUCGGAGCGCUUUCUGAAGCCAAUCUUUGUAUCGCCUUUUGGGCCUCACCUCCCCUGACCGUCUCUACAAUCCUGAAUGACAUAUCAGAUGAUGAGCUACUGGCGCGCCCGAUGAUCCCUUGGAAGGAUCGCCUCGUGAAAUAGACCUCACCAAAGCAACAAAGCAACAAAGCAACAAACGGUCAGUCAAUGGGUGAAACACGCCAGAAGUCGGCGAAAGAAAGCCACAAAAUGCAGCCAAAAAAAGGGGGGAGUAUGGGUGAAGAAGUAGAAAGAGAAUUCUUAUCUCACGGAGAAUUGGAAUUGGGUAUUUGUGUCACCACGUCGUGCGUGCUUGCUUCUUACAUGGUGUCGACAUACAGACGGACCGUCUCGUGCUUGGCAGCUAGGCAGGCCACGUGCAUCCCCGACCGCAUGUGUUUCGCCUCCCCCAAAAGAUGAGAAAAAG